AUUAAAAUCUUUCUUUUGAAGAAGAAAAUAAAAAACUGUUUACCUGCAAUGUCAAACGUACUUUCAAAAGAAAGGGAGAGUGUAAGUAAAUUUUAUCAACUUUCUAUCAGUCAUACAUCUGGGGCACACUUCGCAAUUGAAUUGUUAAUGGCAUAUUUUGAUUUUUUUUUUGUAGAUUCAAUUUGUACCAGGAGAUAAAAUAAAGAAAAUACAUCACAUGAUAGUUUGGUCCUAUGCAUACCAACAGGCAAGAAAGGGCCAUUGGAUACAGGUUGGGAUUGAUCAUCAUCGUUUUCAAAGGCAUAUUCGCACAAUUGAGAUAAUAAUUGCACCUAUUUUAACUCCAGGUCAUAGAGCCAAAAUAUUCAGUUUGAUUACGCCUACAAAAAAACCCAAAAACUAUACCCCCACAUACAAAGACUUUUAGUACUUUCAUCAUGGCAUUCCUACUUAUAAAAAACCGUAUAAAAGCAGCGUAAACCGUUUGUCAAGAUAUCAGUUUUAGUUAAACAAAACAUCUGAAAACAUGCAGGAAGAACAUAAAGAUUCUCUUCAACGUAAUUACGUGAGAUUGGUGAGAGAAACACCAGUGGAUGUCGUAAUAGAUCAUCUGUACCAAAGCGGGAUACUAACUGAUGAAUUGAAGGAAGAUAUUUUACAACAAACAAAUUCCUAUUCCAAAACGAGACAAUUAAUAUCCAUCCUUCAGAGAAGAGGUUCAGAAGCAUUCGAUUGUUUUUGCACUGCACUCGCUAUGGAGGGGAAAUCAAACCUGGUUAAUCUUUUAAAAUGUUCAGUGACUGAUGCUGAUGGAGGGAGCAAGAAUCGAUGCAUGCAAUCUAUAGGGGGUGACAUAUUUAUCGUUGCUAACGAAUGGUGUGAUAAAUUGAUGAUCCACAUUCGUAAAAACGAGAAAAAAUCAGCAAAUACUUAUAUUCCAACAAAGAAAGGAGUAGCUCUGAAUUUAUCACAAUGGGUGCUUUUAGAGAUGUAUGUUAAUGACAUCGAUAAUGCAAUAGGGAAGAUGAUCGAUGAUGUUGACGGAAAUCCUGAAAUGACCUUUCAUCUUGGUAAAGGUGCCGUUGCAAGACGGAUGAUUUUGCUUGGGUUAGUUAGUAUUUUACACGCACUCCUAUCACGAGCAAUCAUGCUUUUAAUGGCAUCGAAAUUCACUAUGUUAGAAUUCACAAAAUUCAGAGUAAAUCCUUUCACUUUGCAAGUUUCUGAUGUUAAAGUUCGAUAUGCAUAG